AUGCACAUUUGAACAGAUAAAGUGAUACGCAUUAAAAUAUGUCUUGUCCGUUUUGAUCCAUGUGCCCAUUGCAGACGCUUCUUCUAAUGCGCGAUGUCGUCAUGAACCGGAGCGCGCUCCUCGACAGCAAGGUUCAGGCUCUCUUUAGUCAACACAGCUUUCAAGUGCAACUGGGUCCAAUCAGAGGAACUACUCGUCGUUUUUGAGCUUUGAACAUCUCAGCGCCCCAAUGUAACACACAUUCAGUCGGAACGAAUUUAACUCCAAAAAAUCUUCUGCAUGAUCGGGGGACACAAACACGCAGUAUGGUCCGGGAAACCAGACAUUUAUGGGUGGGGAAUUUACCAGAAAAUGUACGAGAGGAAAAAAUUAUCGAGCACUUCAAACGAUAUGGACGUGUGGAGAGUGUCAAGGUCCUCCCAAAACGUGGAUCAGAGGGUGGAGUGGCAGCCUUUGUGGAUUUUGUGGACAUUAAGAGUGCUCAGAAAGCUCAUAAUUCUGUCAACAAGAUGGGGGACAGGGACCUACGCACCGAUUACAAUGAGCCAGGAACUAUCCCCAGUGCGGCUCGAGGCCUGGAUGAUAGCCUGUCCAUAGCCACUCGUGGACGGGAUGUUUCAGGGUUCACAAGGGGGGCAGGGGGCCCAGUGUAUGGGCCCCCUGUGUCACUGCACAGCAGAGAGGGACGCUUUGAACGCAGACUAGACGGGGCUGCGGACAGUCGGGAGCGCACUUACGAUCACAGUGCCUAUGGACACCAUGAGCGUAGCAACAACAGCAGUAGUUUUGAUCGCCAACGUCACUAUGAGACCGAUUAUUACAGAGACUCGAGGGACCGGGCCCUCAGUGGAGCAAGUGGGAAUUCCAGUUCUGCUAGUGGCAGCAUUGGUGGAAGCUCAGCAGGGGCCAGUUUGGGGGGUGGAGGGAGCGUUGCGGGAAGCAGUGGUGCUGGUGGAAGCAGUAGCAACACUGCUGGAGUCGGAGGUGGAGGUUCGACAUCAGGAGGCAUUGUCUACUAUGGUUCACGAAGCCGGAGCCCUAGCCGUUUUGAGACCACAGAGGCUCGCUUUGAGCCUCGUGCCCGGGAAUCUUUCACAGUGGCCAGUGUGGUCCAUCGGGAUUUAUACAGAGAGGAGCGAGGCAGGCGAGGAGAAAGGACAUCACACCACAGUCGCAGUCGGUCGCCACACUCUUCACAGUCACACAAUCCCUCACCACAGAGGCUGGCGGGUCAGACUGUGGGGCCGGCGUGCUCCCACAGUGGCUCGGGAUCCCACAGUCGCUCCUCCAGCUCUGACUCAGUCAGCAGUACCAGCAGUAGUGGCAGUGGCAGCAGUGAUUCCAGCAGCAGCUCCAGUGAUCGAUCUCCAGCUCGGUCUGUUCAGUCAACAGCUGUACCUGCCCCUUCUGCCCAACCCUUAACUUCACUGGAUAAAGAUGAACCACGCAAAAGUUUUGGUAUCAAAGUGCAGAACCUUCCUGUGCGCUCUACAGAUACAAGCCUGAAGGAUGGUCUUUUCCAUGAAUUUAAGAAGCAUGGCAAAGUAACAUCUGUUCAGAUCCAUGGUGCCUCUGAGGAACGAUAUGGUUUAGUGUUCUUCCGCCAGCAAGAGGACCAGGAAAAAGCUCUUAGUGCAUCAAAAGGGAAGCUGUUUUUUGGGAUGCAAAUUGAUGUCACUGCUUGGCAUGGCCCUGAAACAGAGAGUGAGAAUGAAUUUCGCCCUUUGGAUGAACGUAUAGAUGAAUUUCACCCCAAAGCUACAAGGACAUUAUUCAUUGGAAAUUUGGAGAAAACCACAACCUAUCAUGAUCUGCUUAACAUAUUUCAGCGUUUUGGAGAGAUUGUUGAUAUCGAUAUAAAAAAGGUAAAUGGUUCACCACAAUAUGCCUUUCUCCAGUAUUGUGACAUAGCAAGUGUCUGCAAAGCAAUUAAGAAAAUGGAUGGUGAAUACCUUGGCAACAACAGGUUAAAGCUUGGUUUUGGCAAGAGUAUGCCUACUACAUGUGUUUGGUUGGAUGGCUUGGCUUCCAAUAUUACAGAACAGUAUCUCACAAGACACUUUUGUCGUUAUGGACAUGUUGUAAAGGUUGUGUUUGACCGACUGAAGGGAAUGGCUCUCAUCUUAUAUAAUAAUAUUGAGUAUGCACAGGCCGCUGUCAAGGAAACAAAGGGUUGGAAAAUUGGAGGAAGUAAAAUAAAGGUUGACUUUGCCAACCAGGAAAGCCAGAUGGCUUUCUACCGUUCAAUGCAGGCAUCUGGACAGGACAUAAGAGAUUUCUAUGAAAUCAUUUCUGAACGAAGAGAUGAGCGCCGCCCGUCGUAUCAUGAGUUAACAGCUGAGCGGGCAUACUAUGAGAAUGUGCGUACUCCAGGCUCCUACACAAAGGAUCCACGUCGAAAAUAUCCUGCCAGAGGUCGAGAGUUUUAUUCAGAAUGGGAUCCUUACCAGGGGGAUUACUAUGACCCACGAUACUAUGAUGACCCUCGUGAAUACAGGGAUUUUCGAGACCCUUAUGAGCAGGAUAUUCGGAAGUACAGCUACUUGCAAAGAGAACGGGAAAGGGAAAGAGAGCGGUUUGAAACAGAUCGUGAACGAGACCAUGGUCGACGAACAAUUGAACAUAAUCAAAGUCCAUCCCAUCCACAUCGCCUCGCUAGCCCUGCUGCCUCCCCAUCCCUUUCUGAACGUCCACCCAGUGACUCUGAGCAUCAUGUUUACAGUCGCUCAUCUGAGCGAAGUGGCAGCUGCAGCUCACUAUCUCCACCAUGCUUUGAAAAGCAAGAAAAAAUUCGUUUGGAAAGGUACAAUAGGAGUGAUAAAUCUGAGAAAGACAAUUUACUCUUUGAGGCAGACCAUGAAAAUGGAGGAGAAAAAGAAAGACAUGCUGGCCGUAAGGAGAAAGGAGACAAGGACAGAAUAGAGAAGCAAAUGUUGAGAAAAUUAAAACUUGCAUCCCCCACUACUCCAUCAUCAGAGACUGACCUUGAACCAGACAGGGACAUUAGCCCAGAGGUUAGCUUAACUCUGCGAGGUAAAGCCAACAUCAAACCAUUAGUCAAAGAAAAAGACUACUCUGGAAAAGGAAAACUUGAUCUGCCACCUUGUGUUGUACAGCUGACAAGAGUGAAGGAGAAGGAAGGAAAGUUGAUAGACAGUAUCCAGAGUAAGAAACAAAAAACAAAGGUUGGGAGUGAUACUGUUUGGUCUCCAACCACACCCCCCUCAGCUGAUCACAAGAGUAUGCCUUUCCGCAUAGAUACUCAGUCUAGAGAUUUCAUUAAGCAUGGGAAACCUCUCAAGGAGAAAGGCCUGUCUAGUCAGGUUGAGGUUGUGGAUAACGAGGGCAAGUUGAAAAACAAAAAGUACUUCAAAACAGAUCCUGGAUUUGAUACUUUCACUUCUGUGGAAGCAGAGCGAUUGGCAGCACGGAAGAAGCGUUUUGAGGAGGCAUCUAGAAAGGCUGACAAUUUAAGGAUUAGUCAGGAGGAAGAUGAAGGGAAAUUGAUGAGAAUAAUUGAUGAUCCUUUGCCAAAAGACUUUGAUGAUGAUAAAAAGUUACUACGAAAAGAGACACACAAGACAGAUCAAAAUAUUGUUAAGCUAGAGAGGAUGGUUACUGUUAGUACUACAAAAGAAGUGCUGGACACAGCUAUGUCAGUAGGCCUCAGUCUUGACCUUCAGGCUCGACUUGGAGAACCAGCUGAGGAAGCAAUGGAUCCUUUAGACGAUCUUGAUAAAAAAACAGGUACUUUUGAAGAAAAUAGUCAACCAAGUCUCAGUCUUGCAGCCUCUGAUGAUGGGAGCAUAGAUAUGGAAUCUUCAAGAGAGCAAGAACAGCAGCACUUAGAUAGCUUUGAUUUACUCUCCACUAGGCAAGAAAGAGAUUCAGAAAGUAAGGAAAGGUUGCUCUCAGAUAUUGAUCACUCACAGAGCUGCAGAAAACAAAUGGAGCAAAAUCGUCAGUUACAGCAACAACUGCUAGAGUGUGAUAAAUCUGAUAAAACUGAAAGCACACCCAGCACUGAUGCAGAAGACUUUGAACGUCAAAGUCUUGUGCAUGAGGUAGGAAAACCUCCCAAAGAUGUAACUGGUGAUUCACCACCCAGCAAGCGAAAGAAGUUAGGAGCGUAUGAAUUUGAUUUUAUCUCUAUUAGAGAGCUCAAUUACCAGAGGUUUAGACAAAUAAAUGAUGAAAAAGAACCUGAAAAGAAACUUCAGAGGACACCCUUAACUGUGGAGGAGAGAAAUUCAUCACAGUUAGUGAUGGAAAAAGAGCCAAAUUCACCAGUGGCAAUGGAGAAAAAUUGCUUGCAUUUUGAUGCAUCAAAAUACAAUAUUGGUAACUCAGUGCAUCAAGGGCAUUCACCUCAUGCAGAGAUGUUGAAAGUUAAAGCGUCAGUGGCUGAAGAGGAGUUCUGUUGGGAGAGCAAUAUUAGGCAGGGUAAAUUGAGAGGAGAAAUGAGCUUCCCUACCAGCAUUGUUAAACGAGAAAGUAUCCGAAAACGUCCUGAAUAUGAAUUGGAACCUGGGGAGGUUCAGUCAGACUCUGAUGAGGAUAGUGACAGCAGGCACCUUUCACUAAAGUCAAACUCCUUCAGAAGAGAGCAUGAGGAGGGGCUUUUAGACAUAAAGUCCUCUGAGUCUCUUGAAAAGAACAAGUUUUAUGAAUUUGCAUUAGAUAAGACCAUAACACCGGACACCAAAGCCUUGCUGGAGCGUGCUAAGUCAUUGUCUUCAUCUAGAGAAGAAAAUUGGUCUUUCCUCGCUCAAGACUCCAAAUUUAAUAGUUUUCGGAAUAGCACAGACAAGGAGAAGUCUGAACCCACCCCAAGACCUAUUCCUUCUUGGUAUAUGAAAAAAAAGAAAAUUCGCUCUGAUUCUGAGGGAAAGCUUGAUGAUAAAAAGGAAGAUGCCAAACCUGACAAACAAGAACGACAAGAGCUCUUUGCUUCUCGCUUCCUUCAUAGCUCUAUCUUUGAGCAGGACUCAAAACGACUUCAACACCUUGAACGCAAAAAUAAUGAUCCUGAAAUUAGGGUUGGUAGAGAUAGUAACAUAUGUAAUUCCCAAGGAGAACAAGCUGGAGCUUGGGGAUCAGACCUCCUUCAAGAGCCAAGAGUACUUUUUCAUAGCCGCUUCAUAGAGCUUCAGCAGCAAAAGGAUAAGAACCAACAGCUUUCCAUUUCAGGAGGAACCAGUGUAAGUGAUCAUAUGGAAGAAGAGAAGAUAUUGGAUGAAGAGCUUGGGUCGUCCCCCUAUCUAUCAGAAAGUUCCCAAGAGAUGUUAGUAAGUCAUACUCCAACUACAUCAUCAAUGGCUCUCUCUAAAGUCUCAGAGACGUCUGUGCAGUAUGAUAAGCUAGUUUUGCCCUCUACAUUAGCAAACACAGAUGGUCCAUCAGUCAUGGAUGAGAGGUCAGAAGAUAUUUCAUUAGUUUCUCCUCCAUUAAUUACCCUGAAGGAGGAUAAUAAAGCUGUUCCAGUGAGUGGCACACACGCUGAGCCCAUGAUAAAGGAAGAUAUAACUGUUGAAGAAUCUAAUGAGAAGCUGAGUGAGUCCAAAAGAACUGCAAACUUAACUGUAGAACAGGAUUUUAAUGUCAAACCUCCUACUCCUUGUGCAUCUUUAAGUAAUACUGAACCAGAAUGUGAUCCUAUUCAGACACCUUCUCUAUUGUUUCCAAAGCCUAAUCAAACUCUAGAGAUUGUAGAGCUUCCAGAAGCAAAUACAGAGCCUGUUAGUCCUUGUUUGCACAAGGUUGCUUUCCCACUUGAGAUGGAGUUGCCAGUAACAGAACCAGAGAUUGAACAGACACAGCCACCACAAAAACAACCCAAGAGUAAAAAGGCAAAAACUACCUCUCCAGCUCUAACACUUCCCCCUCAAGCUGCUAACGAGAAACCAGCUACGCGGAAGAGUGAACGCAUUGACAGAGAAAAGCUGAAAAGAUCUAUAUCACCCAGAGGAGAUGCUACAAAACUCAUUGCUGACUCCAGAAGCUCUGCAAAAUCACCUGUUAAUGCUACAAAUUCAGAGCAGAGCCAUGAAUCAAACGCAAACCAUGGCAGAACAAGGCAGCGACGAAAUGUGCGAUCUAUUUAUGCAACACCCCAUGAAGGUGAAGCUUCUCAGCAACUAGGAAAAGAUAUUGCAGAACCUCCCCGUUCCACCCGUAAGCGCGGAAGUGAUAAGGAAGCUGCAACACAGCAUGUGAUAACUGCACAUUCAAGGAGAGGUCGUCCACCCAAAACUCGCAAAAGAUGUGAUAAUGUGUCUCCGUUUAAGGGAGAUACGCCCAAAAACUCUGAAGGUGAAGACCCUGAAAAUAAAGAAUCAACAAGUAGUGGAGAAGUCUCUAAAGUAUCAGAGGCAUGGCGCUCCCCACGAUCUCAAAAGGUCCAGUCUUCACCUGUACGAGCAGGACAGAACAGAAAAACAUCAAAAUUGGACAAAUCAUCAGGUAGUCCAGGACCCAUUCAAUCAGACAGAGCAGCGGUUGAAGUGUCUGCUGCUGUAGAGCACCAAGCUGAAUCAAAAGAUGAAACAUCAAUGCAAGUUAGACAGUUGUCACAAGACAUUAAACAACACACCUUAUCUAAAACAGAAACAGAACUUGCAAAUCCUACUGAGGAAAAAUCGACAGAUGAUAAUAUAGAAAUUGCCCCUAAAGUAAAAAUACAAUCAUUAGAUGAGAAUGGUAAAAUCAAUGCAUUAAGGUCAACACGGAACACCAUAUCAAUGUCUGAUGGUAAGACUGUCAACUUGAGAAGCCGUGUUGAUCUCAAUGCAGAUGUAGUUCAAGAUGCCCUUCACUCUGGUGAUGAGGAAGCCGUAUGCUUUGAAGGAUCUUUGACAAAGACCAAAUUACCAAAAGAGUCAAAUAGCCCAAUUUACCACAAAGAGGAAGAUGAUCACAGCCCUAAUAAAAAUGAAGAGUCCUUAUCAGAAAAUGAGCUACCUGCUGAUCCUGUGGCUGCCUUGCUUGCCCGCCAAAUGGAACUGGAAAGAGCAGUGGAAAAUAUUUCCAGACUUACAGAUGAGCAUCAUCCAGCACCUUAUAAAGAACCACGUACUGAACCACCUACCUUAAUACCACCUGUUGUAGUACAACCUGCAGAUGAAACUGAGGUAGAAAAGCCAGCCAAUCCGGCAAGUGAAACUGAACUGGCUGCUGCAAUUGAUUCCAUUACUGCUGAGGAUAUAUCAGGUGAUGCAGAUGGAUUCUCUGCUCCAACUACAUACACAGCCCUCCUUCCUACACCAGAGACACUUAUUUUGCCUGGAGCAAAUGAGGUUAUUGAACCUGAGACAGACUUGUCUAUAAAAACUAUUAUACAAUCUAAAUUAAAAAAUGGUUUGGUUCCAGAUUCAAAGUCUUCUGUAACAAUUACCACAGAUACAUCACUCACAGAAUCUCCAACAUCAGAGGCAACGAAGAAAGGAGGAAGGGCAAGACCAAAAACGCCAAAGAAAUCUAGAGGUCGUAAGGUUUCUUCCAACAGAAAAUUAAAUAUUGCUGAGGAUGCAGUACCUGAGCCUGAGUCAACUACAGUCAAGCUUCCAGAGUCCAUUCCAGAAGAGAUUCAAACUGCAAACCCUAAGGCAGCGACAUCAGGAGCAGCAGCAGCAGCAGCUGUAGUCACUGUUGCUGCUGCAUGUAAAUAUGAAGCCAAAUCUACAGUGACGCUGGACACACCAAAAGAGGCAGAGCAGCCUGCUGUUGACCAGCCCGAACCUCAGGAAUCUGCAUUCCAUUCUGGGAAUAACAGUCCUUCUUAUUUAAGGACACAACCACCAUCUCCUGAGCCAGUAGCACAUACACUUACUUCUCCCACAUCCUGCCUAAAUUCUCAUGUAUGCUCUGCAAAGACUUUUCUCACACCCCCUGAGUGGAACACCAGGACAGAGGAGAAAGGAAUGCCACAUAAACCACAAGUUAGUGUGGCUUUGUCUACACCAGGAAUGGGGGGACCCCUAGCAAAUCCUCCCAUGCCCCCUGACACAAAAGCCUCUGAUAUUGACCCUAGCUCCAGUACAUUGCGAAAGAUUCUAAUGGAGCCAAAGUAUGUGUCUGCUUCAAACAGCAUUGCAGUCCCAAGUAUGCAGUUCACAACCACAGUAACAGAUCCAAGGAUGUCUGAUAAUAAAAAUUCAGUUGAGACUGUGCUGCCUUUGAAGUCCUCUAUACCGGAAGAUAGACCUAGCCCUAUAACCCAAGUUGUACCCCAUACAACACCACUAAAGCCACCUCCUCUGCAACAGUGUGAAACUCAGCAGAUCUUAAAAGAAAAACUGGCUAUAACUUCCACUGCUACUUCAGUCAUUAGUCGGAUACCUCUGCCCUAUGACUUUGAGGAUACUCCCCACAUCUCUUUGAGCAACCGGAGCUCUGGAAUGCCCUUACCCAAGCAGAAGUAUCGUUCAGGCUUGAAUGAAAAUAGCAGGUAUCAUGGACAUACCCUCUCUGAUAAUGGAGGAAGUGUUGGUCGGCCUGUAGUUGAAAGCACACAUUGUAACACAGGGUCAAGUACUGGUUUGAGGGUCAAUACAUCAGAGGGUGUGGUUGUAUUGAGUUAUUCUGGACAAAAGACAGAGGGACCACAGCGGGUCAUUGCUAAAAUUAGUCAGAUCCCACCUGCCAGUGCAGUUGAUAUUGAGUUUCAGCAGUCUGUAUCAAAAUCACAGAUAAAACAAGAACUACCAUCUCAACACUCUACUCUAAAAGGAUUGCAGACACCAACAGGUUAUGGACACACAGGGGUGGUGUUAACUGGCCAGACCUUCAAUGCUCAGCCUGUUAUUUCCUCUAUUAGUCAGGAAAGUCCUGGGUCUGAAAAAUCUGAACCCUCCUACCACAAUGUUCAACAAGGAGGUUCUGUGAAAACCUUCCAAAAGUCUGGUAGCAAUUCUCAACUUCUUAGGUAUGGCCAGUCAAUUACACAGCAUCUACAUAUUAAAAAAAAUGGAGCAACUGAGACUGUUUCAAUGAAAGGUGAUAUAAAACCAUCACAAACCUUUAAUGUAAACCCAGUUUUAAGUCCACACCACCCCUCUUUGUCAGGUAAUCACAUCUCGAGUCCAGUUGCUGCACAUGAAAGAGUGGUCUCUCAGCCCAAACAAGAUUCACAUUCUCCAAGGGCAUCAGGCCAUUCAACUUCAUUUCCAAAAGUUUGCCCUCCUAGCAGCUCAGUUGUUUUGGGAACUGCUGGCUCUAUAUCUCAGUACAUGUCAAAUAUACACCAUGCUGAGCAGUCAGUGAUCAUGCCCCCUCAUAGUGUCACCCAACCUGUGCCCAUAGGUCAUUUGUCCCAAGGAGAUGUCAGAGUCAAUACUACAUCAUUAUCUGGAAUAGGUUAUGGAAUGCGUUCAGAAAACCUCUUAUCACCACGAUCUGGACCUCAGCAACGCUCCACUACUCCCCAACCAGCAGUGAUCAGAGAUGUGGUACUGAAGUCACAUUCAGGUUCAUCUGCUGGUGGCCAGGUUGGUGAGACAAGCAAUGAUGAUAUGCAUAAUCUCCCACAAGGACUUCGUAGGGCUUCUGCACCACAGUUGCACCCAGAAAGCAUGGUAAUGCAGGCUGAAUACAAAGGUCUGCAUCAGAGGGCAUUGCGUCUAGAUCAGUACAGCAGAGAUGUGCGGCUGCUUGUGCACCAGCAUUUGGCUGACCAUCCAGUUGUUGAAAGUCACCAAUCACGAACACCAGAGGCAUUGCAGUCGUCAACACACAUAUCAUCUGCUUCUUCUAAAGCCUCUCCUGUUUUAAAAAAUGCUCCACAGAUUAUGAGGGAUGCACCAAAAGCACUUGAGAUGAAGAUGCCACCCUCCCCUCAUUCAGAGAGCAGGAUAAUGGGACACCACCCCGGCUCUCCUCAAGGAGUACAGUUGAUUCAUGCUGGAAAUGCAAACUCUGUGUCUGAGUACUACAGAGAAAUGCGUGGCUUCCAUUCCCAAUAUCCAAGUCGUUCAGUAAUUGGGAUCAACCUGGCUAAUCGUGGAAUUGCAGCAUCUCAGGUCUCACAAGACGUUGAUCAUGGUCAAAGACAUAAGGUUUCUUCUGUCUCCUCCAUCGCAUCAGUGGGAGGUUUUGGUGAACCAAAACUUGACAGCUCACACAUUCGACAGCCAAACUUCAUGGAUUUGUCUCACACAUCACGAGUCCAGGGUGAGACUGGAUCCCCCUCUUACACUUCUCCAGUGACUAUAACCCCCAAAUUGGAGUUGCCUCUCUCUGUACAGAAGGGACCUCAAGGACCUAUUUCUAGCCAGAUGCCACCUCCAUCCUCAGCCUCCUCUCAGAUAAGAUCAGACAUUAAACUGGAUCGCACAGGACUUCGGUCUGUCGAUAUGGUGAAAUUGUUAACGAAAUAUCCAAUUAUUUGGCAAGGUCACCUGGCACUUAAGAAUGACACUGCAGCAGUACAGCUGCACUUUGUGUCUGGUAACAACGUUCUAGCUCACCGUUCACUGCCGCCACCGGAAGCAGGUCCCUUUCUUCGCAUUGCCCAGAGAAUGCGCUUAGAGGCAUCACAACUUGAAGGAGUUGCCAGACGAAUGACCGUUGAUGGGGAGUACUGCCUUCUGUUGGCAUUGCCUUGUGGAUUGGACCAAGAGGAUGUCCAUAACCAGACCCAUGCCCUCAAAACUGGCUUCAUCACUUACCUGCAAGCAAAACAAGCUGCUGGAAUUAUCAAUGUCCCGAACCCAGGCUCUAAUCAGCCAGCUUAUGUUGUCCAGAUUUUCCCUCCGUGUGAAUUUUCAGAGAGCCACUUAUCUCAUCUUGCUCCGGACCUUCUCAAUAGUAUCUCCAGUAUCUCUCCACAUCUUAUGAUUGUUAUUGCUUCUGUAUGAGAGGGAGAUCCCAGCACACAUACAGUAUGCCAACACCAGCCUUUGGGACUUGCCAGUUUUUUACUCUGGAGAGCACCUCAAUCUUAGGUUUCUCGUUUUUGGCCAUGUACUCAUUCUCUUUUUGUUCUUUCACCAGCUUUUUAAUCCAUUGACUCAUUGCCGCUUCCAUUUCACCUUAUACAGGGGUAAAUGGAGCUACUUACAACGAUCAAUUCUCUGAUCAUUUUUUUUUUUUUUUUCUUCUUUUGGAGAUUUGUAUCUAUGGAUUUUAAAACAUUGAUCUUUUGGAUUAUUAGGACAUGGGGGUUAAGAAACUUUUUUUAUUGAAAUGAUAGUGAUUUCAUUUUUCUGAAAAAAAUAAUAAACUGAUCAGUCAUUGCACUAUGUUAUGAAAAUCUAAAUAAUUAAAAACAAGUUUGUACAAAUUUGGUUAUUGAAAUGACAACUUUACGUUAUUACUUGGACAUGCUUCAUUCACCAGCCAUUUUGUGGUAUAGACUAAAAAUGUUAUAUUGUCAAUGUAGUUCAUGGAAUUUCUUUGGCAAGUUUUAUAUAAUUAAAACAAAUAAUAAUGUAAUAUAAAGCAGCUACUGUUCAAUCAAGUAAACAAGUUACUUCCAUGUCAUGUGUAGAAAUGGCUCUCAACAUAGCCCUUGUUUUCUCUCAAAGGGACAAAAUAUGGGAGCAUUUUGAGUUGUACAGUUUACACUUUAUGCCUCAAUAGGGGAUUGUAUGUAUACUUUUUUACUUUCCUCUUAAGUGAAUUAGGCGAAGACCUGACUGUAAAUAUUAUGUAUAUUUAAAGACUUUCAAGACAGUCAUUAGAUACUGCAGAUAACAAGUAUAACAAGAUGACAACCUAUUGCCAUCAACCGUGAAAGUGAAUUGUCAGUUACCGCUUGAGAUUCAUUUUAGACUUUUUGUUUUUAAAACCAUUCCUGUGCCAUAAAUAGCUUUUCAAAUUGAGGAAAACUAAAUUGAGAUUCAUCAAACCUUAUUUUGAUACUUGACUUUGUAUUUGUCACUUGAUAUGUAAGGCCUGCUUUUACAUUGCCUUGUUUAUGGUUUUUCUCCCCUACCUCUAUUUCUUAACUGAUUACAUUGUCCUAAGGACCUCUAAAGUGUAUAAUUCUGUUUCUCACUGUUUCUUUCUUGUUUUUUUUUAAACAUACCUCUGAAUGUCCAACAAGAACAGUGCAAUGCAAGUAGUAAAAAUAUUUGUAAAGAGAGAAGGGAAAAAAUAGAUAAAAUAUGUACAAAUCUUUCAGGAGACAUGAAAGAGACUGGGUUUUUUUGGUCUCAUUUCUUUAUUGAUGUCUCAUUGAGCCAAGCUGUAAAUAAUCAUUUUCAUUUUUGUGUUUUUCUCUUUGUCUUUUAUGUCAGGGUAAUUAUUUUGUUUUGUGAAACAAAACAAAAAUAUGUAAAGAAAACCGAUGUAGGAAGUUAACCGUGAGUGCAGUUUCAUUUGGUUGACUAUAAAUGCUCUCAUGGUAAUUUUGAAGGCACUUACAUUUUUGAUAUACAGAUUUAAGAUAUCAAAAUACCAAAAGAAAGAGAAAACAAAAAGCAGAUGAUCUUAAAAUUUUGUUUUUGAUUAAUCAUAUUUCAUCGUUUUGAGUGUAUUUUGCUGUUCCUCUAUGAGGACAUUUUAAAAUGUAAAAUAAAUUUUGUUGGUUAACACCUCUACAGAUCAUUAAAUGGUCAUUCACAAUA